AUGAGCGCUCCGCUACUAGCAGAAGCCGAGCCGCCUCUAGAACGAGCUUUAGACCGCGCACCCGUGUAUCUUAAAGACAUGAGCUUCCAGCAACUAGAGGACUGGGUGGCAGCGGAGUGCGGGGAGGAGCACAGGAGGCGGGCAAAGGUCCUCUGGAAGUGGCUGUAUCGAGACGCCCACUGGGCUGAGAGCGUCGAUGACAUGGCAGUUGCUCUUUCCUCCCUCACCUCUCCAUUGCCUUCCCAGCGAAGCUUGAGACGUCUCAUUGGCUCCUUUGCCUUCCCAUUGUCAUCGCUCACUCAUUUUCCCGAAUUCCCGAACUCGCAUGUUCGCGCUGCAGGGGUCAGUCGUUCGUUUCUCUCCCUCCUCGCCUCUUCGGGUGCUCGCUUCUCCUCCCUUCGCCUCCACUCCGUUCGAACAGCCGCCGACGGUACAAAGAAGGUGAGUGGGGUUAGGGAAACCCCACAGGAACACAGUCCGCAGCUCAUAUUCGCCCCUGCUGCCGCUUCUCCUCCCUUCGCCUGCACUCCAUUCGAAUCGCAGCCGACGGCCCAAAGAAAAAUGGGCCUGCAGCGCAACCUGACAGCAGGGGAGAUCGUGGCGUGGAUCAGGAUGGGCCUGCAGCGCAACCUGACAGCAGGGGAGAUCGUGGCGUGGAUCAGGAUGGGCCUGCAGCGCAACCUGACAGCAGGGGAGAUCGUGGCGUGGAUCAGGAUGGGCCUGCAGCGCAACCUGACAGCAGGGGAGAUCGUUGAUCAGGUGGUUGAGAUUCGCCGGCUCUUCACAGAGGAAAUCGGCCCCGUUACCAACCUUGUCUUCAUGGGCAUGGGCGAGCCCCUACACAAUCUCCCGGCGGUUCUCACAGCAUGCAACACCCUCCUGGACCCCUUAGGCGCCCACUGCUCACCUGCUCGCACCACCGUGUCCACGUGUGGGCUCGUGCCUGAAAUGCACGAGUUCUGCUCUCACUCGGACGCCAGCCUCGCUCUCAGCCUGCACGCCACCACCGACGAGGUGCGCAGCAGCAUCAUGCCCAUAAACAAAAAGCACAACCUCAGCGCCCUCUUUGCCUGCCUGAUACAGCUCUUCCCUGACCCAACAGCCCGGCCAGCACCGGAUGCGGGGGAGGGAGGUGAUGGGAGGGAUGGUGCGGGGUUGCAGCAGCAGUCCAAAAAACGCCAUGUGUUCAUCGAGUACCUGAUGCUGGAUGGGGUCAACGACAGUUUGGAGGAUGCACGUCGGCUGGUAACCCUAACAGCUGGCAUCGCCUGCAAAAUCAACUUGAUAGUCUUCAACCCACACCCGGGAACCGCACUGCAACCAUCCCCACUCCCGCGCGUGCUGGCUUUCCAGCAUGAGCUCGUGCAAGGGGGCAGAAAAGCGUAUCUGCGGCACAGCCGGGGGGACGACGAGAUGGCAGCUUGUGGGCAGCUGGGGCAGGUGCCUAGGUUAACAGGGCAGAACAAGGCAGAGGCGGAAGCUGUAGUGUAA